CGCUGAGAGGAAGGAAGGAGGCGAGUUAAAGAGGAGGAGGGGCAGAGUGGUGGAUUCAGUCAGUCCUUCGUUCAGUCGCAGCUCAGAUGGAGGUUUUUCCUCCUGCUGAGGACACUCUGAUGGCAUGACAACGGCUUCCUGAGUGAGAAAGAGCGAGAGAGAAAGAGAGAGAGAGAUAUCCUGCCCUCAGUUUCCACGGUGACGGCAUCCCUCCAUCCUCCUCCAUCAUCUCUCCGCCCGGCUGCUGUCGACAUCGUCGGGAUGGGAGAUAAAGGAACAAGAGUGUUUAAGAAAGCCAGCCCCAAUGGAAAGCUCACCGUCUACCUGGGGAAGAGAGACUUCGUGGACCACGUGGAUCGGGUGGAGCCUGUCGACGGCGUCGUUCUGAUCGACCCGGAGUACCUGAAGGAGAGGAAAGUGUUUGUGACUCUGACGUGUGCGUUCCGUUAUGGUCGCGAGGAUUUGGACGUCCUCGGAUUGACGUUCCGGAAGGACCUGUUUGUGGCGAACAUCCAGGCGUUUCCUCCGGUCACCGAAGAGAAGAAGACUCUGACUCGUCUUCAGGAACGUCUGAUUAAAAAACUGGGGGAACACGCCUACCCGUUCACCUUCGAGAUUCCUCUGAACCUGCCGUGUUCGGUCACCCUGCAGCCGGGACCGGAGGACACCGGAAAGGCCUGCGGAGUCGACUUUGAGGUGAAAGCUUUCUGUGCCGAAAAUGUUGAAGAAAAGAUCCACAAAAGGAACUCUGUGCGUCUGGUGAUCAGGAAGGUGCAGUACGCUCCAGAGAAACCUGGCCCUCAGCCGACGGCAGAAACCACCAGACAGUUCCUGAUGUCGGACAAACCGCUGCACCUGGAGGCCUCGCUGGACAAGGAGAUCUAUUACCACGGUGAGCCAAUCAGCGUCAACGUUCACGUCACCAACAACACCAACAAGACCGUGAAGAAGAUGAAGAUCUCAGUGCGACAGUACGCCGACAUCUGCCUGUUCAACACGGCUCAGUACAAAUGUCCCGUGGCCACCGAGGAGUCAGAUGACGUUGUGGCUCCCAGUUCGACUUUCUGCAAAGUUUUCACCCUCACUCCGUUUCUGGCCAACAAUCGCGAGAAACGAGGUCUCGCUCUGGACGGAAAACUGAAGCACGAGGACACCAACCUGGCGUCCAGCACGCUGUUGAGAGAUGGAGCCAAUAAGGAGAUUCUCGGCAUCAUCGUGUCCUACAAAGUCAAAGUGAAGCUGGUUGUGUCUCGUGGCGGGCUCCUUGGAGAUCUGGCAGCGAGUGACGUCUCGGUCGAGCUGCCCUUCACGUUAAUGCACCCGAAGCCUUUAGAGGAGUCCUUCUACAGGGAAGCUGCAGACGAGGCUCCAGUCGACGCGAACCUCAUCGAGUUUGACACAAACGACGAUGACAUCAUCUUUGAAGACUUUGCCCGCCAGCGACUGAUCGGAGCAAAAGACGACAAGGAUGAAGACGAGGAGCCGGUGGACUCGCCCAAACUGGACGACAGAUAGAGGGGAGGAGACACUGCGGCUGUUGUUUUGCUGCUGUAUGUAGUGUGGAGCUAAUGGAGUUCACCUUUAGGUCAAACCACAGUCUGGACACCCUUUAAACACUCGGUGGUGCCGUGUUUGUGUGCUCGUUCAUGUCUGUCCUCUCUGAGUCCCGGUGAGGUGUUUAAAAAAAAAAACUAGAAUACUGCAGCCUAGACAUCGGAGCGGCUCUUUGCUCCGACGGAGUCGCCUGGAGCGCCGACCCGGCAGCUCCUAACGACAGCUGGUAGCAUGCCUCUAAUGUCUCUUUGUUCUAAGUGUUUCCAUUAGGGACCAAACAGAUGUAAAGUUGUGUUGAGAUUAGUUUAAAGUCUUUAGAAACAACACUGCCAGCCUCGGUUGAUCUUGAACCCUCUGCCACUGGAGACAAACUUCAGCCGAUGGAGGAUUUUGCUGAGUAACCAUCUGUAGUCGGUGUUGCUGAAGCUGCAGAGCAGAUGGGAAACGGCACCGAAGUGAUCUGCUGGGCCGCCCGACAAGAGGACCUCAAACUGUCAGAGUGAGCCACCGACCAUUUAACAGCAACCGGUGGCCUAGUUUGCAUGAAUAAAUACUUCCUAUGAUUUAUUAAUGUCACGAAUAAUCAAACUGAUUUUAAAUAGCAUACAGUUUCAUGUGUUCAUGCGGAUAAUUUUCCGAAUCAUCAUCAGAACGAUUUUCUUCCUUGCAGGUAGUCGCUGGUCGUCCAUUCGCUUCGUUUCUGUUAAAAUCAGCACGGCUUCAUGUUGCCUUAAAGUAAACGCUGCGCUUUGAUAUGAUACAUGUGUCAGACAAAUAUAAUUGGCAUCCUUUACAUCCUUUACCUCUGUUUAACUGAAACAAUCAGACAUCUGGCAGAAAUUUAAAGAGCAACUGUUCGAACUGUGGCCUGAUCGUUGUGAAUGCUUUUAAGACUGGAGAGAUUUAUAUUUUGUUUCCUCAAACAACAUUCUGAUAAUUAUGAGUCACUUUAGUGUGACAGGCUAAUUCUGAAGCUAAUAAUGUUAAAUUUCUACUGAAAUAUCCGAAACAUUUUGUCACCCAGUAAAUCUUCAUUUACCUUAAAUGUAAUAAAGUUUAAAACUGAAAAUAAA